UGAAUUAUUAAGACUAGUGCAACUGGUAAAAUACCAAAAAACAUGCAUGUGACCGUUUGUUGCCACCAAAUGCCCAUUUGGUAUAUUUUGUGGGCAAAAUUUAGUGUGAUCGUAAAUAGGUGAACAAUUUGCUGUGACGCUGCCAUUUGGAUUUGGGCUCUGUGUCUCCUGUAAAAAUCCUCAAAACAAAAAAGAACGUUUUACCAAGUGUUCGGCUACGUGCAGCUAAGAGCAAACAAAACAGAAAACAAAAAAACAAAAACACAAUUGCAACUGUUGAAUGCGCGCAGCGCACACAGCAAUCGAUGUGCCACACAUUGCAUGUUUACAAACACAACGACAUUGCUGCUGCUGCUGUCGCUGUCGCUGUCGCUGCUGCUGCUGUUGCUGUUGCUGCUGCUUCUUGUUUCGCCAAAACUUGCUGCCAAAAAGUCGAAGAGAAAAAAAUUAAAUACACAAAAUUAACAAAAUAUCGAAAUCGUUGAAGUAACUAUACAAAUUUGGUGCCAGUUUAAAGAGCCAACAAAGGGCUGCAUAUCAUUUACCUGGACACAUUUGCUAUAUUAAACAUUGAAUACAUAAGUGUGCGCUGCCCGACCGACCGACCGCCCGUAUGUGGCGUUGGCGACCGACGUUGACGGCCUGCUGUCGCUUAGGCAUUUAUCUACGGCUUUUCACACAGACCAUUUGAAUCCUCAAGUGGUUCUCACACGCCGCCAGUGACCUCAUCAGCUGCCACCACCAACAACAACAACAACAACAACGACAACAACAACAAGAACAACAGUUGUUCCUGUGCCCGCUGGGCAACGUCUGCAGCGCCAAAAAAAAUUAUACUCCAGCAGCUUUUUGGAGGCGCACAGCAGCGGCAGCAGCGCUGCUAACUUCCAGAGCAUCAUAGCCGUACGGCAGGAGAGGAGGGCAGGCGAGAACGGGGAGAGAGCGGCAGAGCGUUAUAUAUAACCCAAUUGCAUGCUGAAGUUGGCUGGCAAAAGGACGCAGCCGAAGACGACAGGACGUUUAGCAUGGAUGUGGAAAGGCGGCGUCGAGCGACGGCGCUGGAGCGCGAGAUGCGCGAUCCGACGAGCAUCUGCAACGUGGACUGCCUGCUGGACACGGUAUCGGCGCUGGUCAGCGACUGCGAUCACGACUCGCUGAAGCGUCUCAAGAACAUUGAGCAAUAUGCCUAUAAAUACAAGCCGUUGGCGCAGCGCAUUAAUCAGCUGCGCAUGAAUGUGGAUGAUUUCGAUUUCAUCAAAUUGAUCGGAGCCGGCGCCUUUGGCGAGGUGCAGCUGGUGCGGCACAAGUCAUCCAGUCAGGUGUACGCGAUGAAGCGUCUGUCCAAAUUCGAGAUGAUGAAGCGACCGGAUUCGGCCUUCUUUUGGGAGGAGCGUCACAUAAUGGCGCAUGCGAAUUCCGAAUGGAUUGUCCAGCUGCAUUUUGCGUUCCAGGACAGCAAAUAUCUGUAUAUGGUAAUGGAUUUUAUGCCCGGCGGCGAUAUCGUAUCGCUAAUGGGCGACUAUGAGAUACCAGAGAAAUGGGCCAUAUUCUAUACGAUGGAAGUGGUGCUCGCUUUGGAUACCAUACACAACAUGGGCUUCGUGCAUCGCGACGUCAAGCCGGACAAUAUGCUAUUGGACAGCUAUGGCCAUUUGAAGCUAGCCGAUUUUGGCACCUGCAUGCGCAUGGGCGCCAAUGGCCAGGUGGUCUCCAGCAAUGCGGUCGGCACACCCGACUAUAUCAGUCCCGAGGUGCUGCAGUCGCAGGGCGUCGACAAUGAAUAUGGACGCGAAUGCGAUUGGUGGUCGGUGGGCAUAUUCCUUUACGAGAUGCUCUUCGGCGAGACGCCAUUCUAUGCGGACUCGCUGGUGGGCACCUAUGGCAAAAUCAUGGAUCACAAGAAUUCGCUCAGUUUUCCCGCCGAGGUGGAGAUAAGCGAGCAUGCCAAAGCCCUGAUCCGAGCCUUUCUCACGGAUCGCACACAGCGUCUGGGUCGGUAUGGCAUCGAGGAUAUCAAGGCGCAUCCGUUCUUUCGCAACGACACGUGGUCGUUUGAUAAUAUCAGAGAGAGCGUGCCGCCGGUUGUGCCGGAGCUGACGUCCGAUGAUGAUACGCGCAAUUUUGAGGAUAUUGAACGGGACGAAAAGCCGGAGGAGAUGUUUCCGGUGCCCAAGAGUUUCGAUGGCAAUCAUUUGCCCUUCAUUGGCUUCACCUAUACGGGCGACUAUCAGCUGCUCUCCAGCGACACUGUCGAUGCCGAGUCCAAGGAAUCACAGUCGGUCAACAGCAGCAGCAGCACCACCACCACCAAUCCGAACAACAAUCAUGGACACAAUCAUCGCCAUCGUCCAUCCAAUUCGAAUGAACUGAAACGUUUCGAGGCGCUGCUCGAGCGUGAACGCGCCCGCUGCGAGGCACUCGAGCAGCAGGACACACGGCUGCGGCAACAGAUCGAGCUGAUCACGAAACGGGAAUCGGAACUGCAGCGCAUCGCCAGCGAAUACGAAAUGGAUCUGGCCCUGCGGCAGCACAACUACAAAGUGGCCAUGCAGAAGGUCGAGGUGGAGAUUGAGCUGCGCAAAAAGGCGGAGGCCUUGAUUGUGGAGACACAGCGAAAGCUGGAGAAUGAGCAGAAGACGCGUAUGCGUGACCUCAACAUAAACGAGAAGGUGCUCUCGCUGGAGAAGCAGCUGCACGACAUGGAGUUGAGCUUCAAGGGCGAAACGGAGAACACACAAAAGCUGAAGAAACAGAAUGCCGAGCUGGGCUUUACGCUGAAGACGCACGAGGAGAAGGUGCGCGACAUGGACGAAAUGAUUGAGACACUGCAGAAGCACAAGGAGGAGCUCGGUCAGGAGAAUGCCGAACUGCAGGCCCAGGUGGUCCAGGAGAAGACGUUGCGCUCCCAGCUCAAGGAGCUGCACAAAGAGGCCGAAAACAAAAUGCAAACGCUGACAAACGAUCUCGAGCGGACGCUGCUGCGCGAACAGAAGGCGCAGGACGAUAACCGGACGCUGCUCGAGAAGAUUAGCGAAUUGGAGAAGACGCAUGCCAGUCUCGAUUUCGAGCUAAAGGCCGCCCAGGCGCGCUACCAGCAGGAGGUGAAGGCCCACCAGGAGACGGAAAAGUCGCGUCUCGUCUCGCGCGAGGAGGCCAACCUGCAGGAGGUGAAGGCGCUGCAGUCCAAGCUCAACGAGGAGAAAUCCGCACGCAUCAAGGCCGAUCAGAACUCGCAGGAGAAGGAGCGACAGCUGAGCAUGCUCUCCGUCGACUAUCGCCAGAUACAGUUGCGCCUCCAGAAACUGGAGGGCGAGUGCCGUCAGGAGUCGGAAAAGGUUGCCGCACUGCAGUCUCAACUGGAUCAGGAGCACAGCAAACGCAAUUCGCUGCUGUCGGAGCUCAGUCUGCACAGCUCGGAGGUGGCGCAUUUACGUUCCCGGGAAAAUCAAUUGCAAAAGGAGCUCGCGACGCAGCGGGAGGCGAAGCGACGCUUCGAGGAGGAUCUGACACAGCUGAAGGGCACCCACCACGAGGCGUUGGCCAAUAACCGGGAGCUGCAGGCCCAGCUAGAGGCCGAACAGUGCUUCUCGCGCCUGUACAAGACGCAGGCGAACGAGAACCGCGAGGAGAGCGCCGAGCGUCUGUCCAAGAUCGAGGAUCUCGAGGAGGAGCGCGUCUCGCUGAAGCAUCAAGUGCAGGUUGCGGUUGCGCGCGCCGAUUCUGAGGCGCUGGCACGUUCCAUAGCCGAGGAGACGGUCGCCGAUCUUGAGAAGGAGAAGACCAUCAAGGAGCUCGAACUGAAGGACUUCAUCAUGAAGCAUCGCAACGAGAUCAAUGCCAAGGAGGCAACAUUGGCCACGCUCAAAGAAACCGAAGCCGAUCUGCACAAGAAACUCAAACUGAAGUGCAACGAAUGGGAUGAGCUGCUGGUGCAGCACAAGAAACAGCUCGACGAGCUGCAGCAACAGCGCGCCGCCAAGGACGAGGAGAUCGCCAAGCUGGGUGAAAAAUGCAAAAACGAGGUGCUCCUCAAACAGGUCGCCGUUGCCAAGCUUGCCGAGGUCAUGAAUCGACGCGACUCCGACUGGCCAAAGCAAAAGGUCAAGGCCCGCUCCACGGCCGAGCUGCGCAAAAAGGAGAAGGAGAUGCGACGCUUGCAGCAGGAGUUGUCGCAGGAGCGCGAAAAAUACAACCAGAUGCUGCUUAAAUAUCAGGAUCUGCAGCAGCAGGCCGUCGAGGAUCAGCAGGCCAAGCAGAAGAUGAGCAUGGAGAUCGAUUGCAAGGCCACCGAAAUCGAGCAUCUUCAGAGUAAACUCAACGAGACCGCCUCGCUCUCAUCUGCCGACAAUGAUCCCGAGGAUAGUCAGCACUCCUCUCUGCUCUCACUUACACAGGACUCGGUCUUUGAGGGCGUCCUCUCCGUUCCAAAUAAGCAAAAUCGCCGUCGCGGCCAAAACUGGAAGCGCCAAUAUGUGAUCGUUUCGUCCCGCAAAAUCAUCUUCUACAAUACGGAAUAUGACAAGAAUAAAACAACAGAUCCCGUCCUCAUACUCGAUCUGAGCAAAGUGUAUCACGUGCGCAGCGUUACCCAAGGCGAUGUCAUACGCGCCGAUGCCAAAGAGAUUCCGCGCAUCUUCCAGCUGCUGUACGCCGGCGAGGGCGCCUCCCAUCGUCCCGAUGAGCAGCUCGACGCGACGCUGCAUGCCAGCAAUGAGGAGCGACCCGGCACCAUUUUACACAAGGGCCAUGAAUUCGUGCACAUUACGUACCAUACGCCAUCGUUCUGUGACGUCUGCGCCAAGCCGCUGUGGUCCAUGUUCAAGCCGCCGGCGGCCUACGAAUGCAAGAGAUGCCGCAACAAGAUACACAAGGAGCACGUGGAUAAACAUGAUCCGCUGGCGCCGUGCAAGCUGCAUCAUGAUCCGCGCAGCGCACGCGACAUGCUGCUGCUGGCCAAUACGCCCGAGGAGCAAUCGCUGUGGGUGGCACGGCUCUUGAAGCGUAUCCAAAAGAGUGGAUACAAGGCGAACUCAUCCAACAACAACAGCACCGACGGCAGCAAGAUAUCGCCCAGCCAAUCGACACGUUCCGCCUACAAGCCGUACGCGGCGAAUGUGCAGCGCUCCGCCACGCUGCCGGCCAACUCUUCGUUGAAACAAUGAAGACCUUUCCCGAGCUAUUAUAUACACACACACACACACACACACCUAUAUAUAUAUAUAUAUAUAUCGAAUGAAAUCGGAGCAUGUGAAGAAGAGCAGCUGUUGCGGCAAUUAAUUGGAUAUUGUAGCUGGCCAAAUUGGAUAAAUGUUAGCCGAGUAAAAAAAGAAAAGAAAAACAAAGUUGUCUUCUAACGUUUUAUUUAGACUGCUUUAACAAGAAGAUUGUAUCUAAUGUUUAUACUUACCAACUACAUAUAACUAAAAGAUUUACUUAAUUUAACGCUAUUUACGUACACUACACUACACAACACUACACUAUCCUAUAUACCAUGCAUACAUAUACAUAUACAUAUAUAUUUUUUGAUUAAUUUACAAAGAACAACCUCCAUAAUUAUCAAGUUGGCCUUUACUACCAACUAUCGCCAACUCGUUCGAGCCGCUUUAUUAACAACACAACAAACAAAUAAAUUUUUUUUA